AUGAAGGAGCCGUGGAAACAACAAAAAUCUUUACAGCGGAAGAACUUAAGAAGGCGACAAACAAUUACCAUGCAGAUGAGAUUCUUGGUGAAGGAGCCUAUGGAACAGUUUACAAAGGCAUUCUACCUGAUAAGAAAAAAUGUGGUAAAACUAUUGGGUUGUUGUUUUGAGACUGAAGUGCCUUUACUAGUUUAUGAGUACAUUACCCAUGGCACUCUUUUUGAGCAUAUAUUCAAUAAGGGAAAAGGAUCACCGCUUUCAUGGGAAUUACGAUUGAAGAUAGCAUCAGAAACGGCAGGGGCACUAGCUUACUUACACUCCUCUACUUCCACACCAAUCAUACAUCGAGACGUGAAAGCAACAAAUAUACUAUUAGAUGCCAAUUACACGGCCAAAGUGUCCGAUUUUGGAGCUUCGCGUUUCAUUCCUCUAGAUCAAACUGAGCUAGCAACACUAGUGCAAGGGACGCUUGGCUACUUGGACCCUGAAUACUUUCAUUCCAAUCAACUGACUGAAAAGAGUGACGUCUACAGCUUUGGAGUUGUCCUAGCAGAGCUAUUAACGAGCAGAGUGGCACUUUCUUUCGCUAGACCUGACGCAGAGAGAUGCCUAGCAAGUUUCUUUGUUUCUUCAAUAGAGAAAGAUUGCUUGAUUGAAAUUCUUGACGCUGACAUAGUGAAUGAGGGGAACAUAGACACAGCAGAGCAAGUUGCUUAUCUCGCAAAAAGAUGUCUAAGGAUAAAAGGGGAGGAAAGGCCUUCAAUGAAAGAAGUGGCCAUGGAGUUGGAGGGAAUGCAAAAUACAGCGAAGCAUCCAUGGGGAAAAAAUGCAAAUUCAUGUCCCGAGGAGACUGAGUACUUGCUGGGGUCACCUAUCAAUCCAGAAGCUUACAUUGUGAAUGUUAGAGGUGAUGGUGAUGAAGGUUCUAGUGGUACAACUAGUGGGUAUGACAGCAUGCAAAUUCAAAUGUUAAUGCCAUAUGAUGAUGCGCGAUGA